UUGUGCAUGAUGUGGCAUCAAUUAAGACAUUUAUCUAUUUAUUGUAAAAUCUGUAAAUGCUUCCUGCUUUAUGAUUUUACGCUGUAGCCUUGCGAAUUCUACAUGGUACCAUCCAGUAGCGGUUCUAGCUUGUAGGGAGCCUUGGGCGAAACACGCUUCAACACGCCCCCAAAGUUGUUGACCGGGGGGGGGAAGAGGGGGUCUGUGUGGGUGCUUCGUGCCGCCCCCGAUGCCGCCCUGGGCAACUGCUCAUGUCGUCCAUGCCUAAAUCCUCCACUGGUACCAUCCCCAAGGCUCAAUUGUGGGUUUCAGUGUUCGGAGGUUUUGGGAGGGUUACAGAAUACCAUGAUUAAUGUCUGAGCCCCGAAAAGCUUAGUCAGUGACUCAUGUGUCAUUGUAAUUUCCUCACAACAGCAUGGUUCAUCAGGCCUGAUGAUUCAAGGGAAGAUGAAUCGGAAGACAGGAAAUGUGGGAGUUUCCAGUUGCUAUUUUACUGCUCCACCUGUGAUGAAUUAAUCAAUAGAAAUAUAUACUUAUAAAAGCCUUAAAGUCUUUCAGAUGGCAAAAGCAUUGACUUAAUUUCAUAUUUAUUAGAAAAUCUGAAAACAAUCUUUUUUUCCCAAUCAUUUUGCUUGGCGAGUGUGCUUGUGCUAUCUUUUUUUCUUUUCUUUUUUUUAAUACUUUGUCACUUGGUUUGAUGAUAGUUCACCACAGAAACUAAAAUUGAUCAUUUCCUCAUUCCAAGCCCAUAUGAAUUGAUAUGUCGAAAUAUUUGGUAGAAUUUGAGCCUCAGUCAUCUUUCACUUUCAUUGUAUGACAAAAAAUGCAAUGAAAGUAAAUGAUAUUAGGCGAUAUUAACACACUAUUAUAUCAUACAGUACAUUUUUAGCACCAUCAAACCAAGUCACGUGCAUCUACAGUUUUCAUUCCAAAAAUGAUAGAAAACUUUCAACAGUUUUUGUAGCAGAUUUUCUUAAUUCAGUUCCUGUGGUUUGUUUCUUACAGAAAGCCAUUGAAGAAAACCACACAGUCUACUCAGUUGUCGUCCUACGUGAUCAGUGUUAUUAAUGCAGCCCAAUGUAAAGCAAGUUGGUGUACAAAUACAUUUAAGUUCUUUCAAACAUUUGAACUUUCUAAACUUUGUCUGGGACUAGGAAUGAGCAAUUCCUUUUUUUACAGUGAGAUAAGUCAAACUGAUUAAUUGAAAUUUCCAAGGCAGUGGACCACGAGUAAAACCAGCAAACAAAAUGAUAAAGACACUUCUGGAAUGAUUUGACCUGAGAAAUGUAAAAAUGUUUUGUAAAAUGUUUCUUUCUGUAUCUGUAUUUGCACUUUUUCAGUAUUAGCAUUUGUUCUUGUAUGCAAACAAUGACAUCCAUGUCACUGAGUGCCAAUGAGGACAUUAAAGAUGCACUCUGUAUUUCAAUUGUUUUUUUGUUUUUUGUUUUUUGUGCUGGCUGAUAUAGCCAUUAAAGUGCACAUGAUCUUAAAUAUAUUUUUCAAAAAUAAUGUUAAUUCUUUGUGUUACACUUUUUAAAGCGAAAGCAAAAAAUCUGGAAUUUUCCUUUAAUAUUAUUUAUUCAUAUUGAAUAAUUAAGGCUGAGUAAAAUUAAUGUACAGCUUUUUUUACUCUUAACAAGCCACAUCUGACACUGUUGUUAUUUCCCCCAUACACCAGCUGACUAAAUGAUUAUAGAUAGAUAAGUUGAUCAUCUGAGUUUUGCAUCUUGUCAGACACGUUAUAGAUCCUGAAUGUUUGGCGCUUAUUUUAAUCCCAUUAUCUGCUUCUAACCUGCUGUUACUUGACUACAGUUAGUUGUUUACCCUGUCAGACAAGACAUGUUCCCACUUGCUAAGAAAAUCUUUCCACCCUUAUUUUACAGUCCAAGAGGACUGUACGCUGUAUACAACUGACACUUGAAUUUUGAUCUAACUUAAACAUUAAUAACUAUAAAAACGAUGGUAAUUCCCCAGAUAUCUCUGAGAUGUCUGUUUUAGAUCUUUUCAUCUGGAAAGCAUCAAAAUCUAAUUAACAUCUGCUAAACAUCUUAAAAAGAUCAGAUUUACAAACAUUCUUAACCAUAAACGUUGCUGAACGUCUUAUUGACAUCUGAGAAGAAACAUCUUAUAGAUGUAUUGCAGAUGAGCAAACAAUGUAAAAAAAAUACGUCUUUCAGAUGUAAACACACACAUCAAAUAGGCAUCAAAUGUAUUCUCAUGUAAGUCAGGGACAGUAGAAAUAGCUUGGCCCCAAACCACACUUAAAAUGUAUAAAAGGCAUUGCAUUAGAAAACAAAUCAACUAAUGCAGUAUGAAAGCAAGCAGCAUUUCUUUUAAAGAAAGAAAACAAAAGAACACUUGUCAAGAAAAUCAUUGUAAAAUGUUAGUCCAAGAUGUUCAUAGUUAAUGUGUUGAACUCCACCUGUGGUUACGUGGCUAGGAAACCUGUGUGAACAUCAACUGAACUAACCUAACCAGAUGAUUAAAAGUUAGAUCUGAAAGGUGCCCCCCUUUUUUAAGUGUGACUGUCCAGAUACUUCUGAUGCAGUUUAUGUUAACAAUCUGAUAUUUCAGUGUUGACACUAUUAGCAGGUAUCUUCCUGAACAUUACAUUUCAUGACAUUUAUGCAUUUGGCAGACACUUUUAUCCAAAGCCCUUAUUACAGGGAUAAUCCCCCUGGAGCAACCUGGAGUUAAGUGCCUUGCUCAAGAACACAGUGGUGGUGGUUGUGGGUAUUGAACCAACAACCUUUUACUUACCAGUUCAGUGCUUUAGUCCACUACACCACCAUAGAUCAUGGGGUAGAUCAUGAGUGAUCUACCCUUUUUCUUUCCCUGUGACAUUCAAUGGAACAAAUUCAUGAAACAUGAGAACAACAAAUGUGAGUGUAAACAGUUAAUAUGCAUAUAAUGUAUGUUAGUAUGUAUAUAACCCACCUACUUGUAUAUAAUGGCACACACACACACUAUUUUGUACGUUGCACUAAUAAUACAAUACAAUCAAAAUUGUCAGUCGCCAGGCUUUUAGUGAAAAAUGAAAGAGAAAUGUGCACAAUCAACCAAAUCUUAUAGUAAUUGUACACCAUAUAAUGACAUUGUAGAGAAUUGUGUGCUUCCACUAGUUUUAGGAGUGCUCAAUAUCAGCGUUACAGAGGUGUGAGGUGUAGCUCUUGCCCCUUCACUUUGACCACAUUUCGACCACUGACGUUUAGCACAGUGGGUGAACUUUUAAGAUGGUCCCUUACACACUCUGAGUUCCCUUUACUUUUCCAGAAUGGUAGUGCCACUGUAAACAAAGCAAGGUCCAUAUAGACAUGGUUGAAAGAACUUGACUGGCUUGCACAAAGCCCACACCUGAACCCCUAUUGGGAUAACACCUAAAACACUUUUGAGAUAUAUUUGAAUGCCAACAGACAGCAGGCCUCAUCACCCAACAUCAGUGCCUGAGAUAUAGCACUUUUGGCUAUUGUGUAUAUUCAAUGUUUCAGUACUCUCUGUCUCUCAGUCUACCAAAAGUAGGAAAGAAACACACUGAAUGUUCUGCAUCUCCGGACAGGUAAGAGAAACAUAUUUAUGUUUUCACUCCUGUCCGCAGAGAAAUACAUUCGUUUUCGCCCAAAAGACCUAUGACAUAUUUCAGUAUAUGUUAUUAUAACAGAUCAGUUCUUCCGUUGGGAAGUGGGAGCCUCACGAGCUAUAAACGUGGGAAGAGGAUUAAAUGAAAUAAUUUUCUGAAACUUUUCAGUGGGAUCCUGUUCCUAUAGGACUCUUUGUGUCCUUCGCUCAUGAAUGAAUUUUUAUUCCUCUUUAUACCAAUAAGAGUGGUCAGAGCAAAAUUAAAGCCUAGAAAUAUUUAUUGUAGACUAUUUGGUCAUCAAAUUGAUUGUCUAUUGUAUCACUGAGGAGGAAACAUCUUUGUUGAGUUGUGAGAAUGGGGAACAAGAUAAGUCAGCCGAUGCUGGGGGAAAUACCCAGACACUGGAUGAUCAGAAAUAAUAAAGGCUUUAACACAGAACCGUUUUUGUUCUGGCAGGAUGGUCAGAGGGUAAAACUCAAAUAGAUCCGUAUCCAUGGGAAGGUUCAUUUAAAACCGCAGAUAUGGCUAGCAUGAAAUCUAUGGUCACCGGAGGCUGGAGAGACCCAGCGUGGGAUUAUAAUUACAUGAAAACUUCAUUUUCUAUAUGGAAAGACAUGAAGCUGUUUUGGGAGAAGGGCCCUGAGAGAAAAAAGGACAGUAGUUAGAAUCAACAAUCGAUCUCUGGGUCAUGGGCCCAGCAUGCUUCUGCUGCGCAAUUUGCUCUAGGUCUAACCUCUCCGCCAAGUGCCCCUCCUUGUGUCUCUCCCCCUCAGUGCACGGAAGUGGGAGACACACAGGAUCUACUGUUGUAAAACAACAGCUGUACCCUAAUCUACACACACUGUUGAAGAGUCAAAAGAUCUCUCGAGAUAUCGAGUGUUGAAAAAACACUCCUUACGCAGACUGUCGAUCCCCCACCUGAUAGCUCUGUCCGUGCGUUUCCAUUCGCACAAGUCCCAAAUUAUUACAAAAUAUCUCCUCUCUCAGUGACAGAAGCAAUGGCUAUCUGUAAAGAACUUCCAAACCCCGUUAAGGACCCACAUGCUUAUACGUCUGACUUCCUAUAGUCAGCUUACAGGCAGAGACUACCGUUUCAUACUCUCCAAAACUCUCCCUUCGGAAUGCAAUGAAUGUGAGUUGAUAAAAGAGGUGCCUGCACUAGAUCCAAAAAAUGACAUGCCCGUUGAAACUAACAAAGUGGUGACUAGAAGUAAAGAUGAGGUAACUGAACCGGCAGAAUUAUUAUGGGCAUCCACUGCCUUUGUUGAAGGUUUCUAUAAACACUUGGAUAAAUACUUGACUACUCAGACCGCAUCAAAACAAGACAUUUCAUAUGCUGCUAAUACCAAACAAAAGAAGAAUGAAACACCAACUGCAUUCUUUAUCAGGUUUAAGCAGACAUGGACUGAAGGGUCAGCCCUACCGAUCACGGAAGCUCAUAGACAGUUGUUUCUCAACACACUUUUAAAUAACAUGGACAAAGAGAUCGCCUCUUUAAUUAGAAUCACAACCACUAAUUUAGGUGAUAUUUCAGUUGAGGAUAUGGGACGCAGGCUGCGUGAACUGCCUAGAGCGGGGGCGUUUACAGAUUCUAAAAUGCAUGCUUUCAUCCAGGUUCCAAUGAAAACUCCACAAUGUUAUCAUUCCUAUGUUACCAUUCUCAUUGCUCGGACGUGACUUAAUGUAUAAGAUUGGUGCAAAAAUCUCAUUUGAUGAUAACUCUGUACAACUUGUUUUUCCUGCAGUUUUUUCUCUCACUACAGACAGGAACUGCUGAAGAGACACAGGAAGUAGCUAACGUUAACCCAAAGUUGUGGGCCGCCCACAAAGACGAGGCAGGACUUAUUGAUGUCAUUCCAUACAGAGCAGCGCAACAAACAGAUACACCAGUAUAUUGUAAACAAUAUGCUCUCUAUGCUGAGAAAGAGGAAGAUAUUCGACCAGUUAUUGCUGAACUACUCCAGCAGGGCAUUCUGGUUCCCACUCACUCACCAUGCAACAUGCCCAUUAACCCUUUAAAGAAAGCAAAUGGUACUUGGAGAUUAACCCAGGACCUUAGGAAGAUCAAUUGUCUGAUUAAACCAUUAUCUCCUAUUGUUCCAGACGUGCAGACUACCAUUAAUUCUAUUUCAUCUAAUCAUGAAUACUUUACAGUGAUUGAUUCUGCUAUUUUCAGUGUGCCGGAUCCUGUGACACAGCCACUGUUCGCAUUCACGCAAGGUGGGGUCCAAUACACGUGGACGCACCUUCCUCAAGGGUUCAGAGAUUCCCCGGCUGUGUUUUAUGCUGUAGUGCACAACGCCCUGAAAAACGCACAAGUGCCUCCCGACACCUGCCUGUUGCAAUAUGCAAAUUAUAUUCUGGUCACUGGACAGUCUAAAGACUUGUGCGCUGCUGCAUCCACCAUUGUUUGAAAUAUCCUCGCUGCUGCAGGAUUUAAAGCCUCCAAAGCAAAACUUCAAUGGGUCCAGAGGAAGGUGGAUACUUGGGACAUAUCCUCACAGGUGGCGCAGUCUGCCUGUCUCCAGGCUAUCCAGACAAAACUAUCACUACAUUCACUCAUCCGAAGAACAAGAAUCAGAUGCAAGCUUUCUGGGACUGGUGAAUUAUUGCAGAUCCUGGGUGCCGAACUGUUCAAACUGUGAUAAGACUUUGCGUGGGGGCAUAGCCACGGGGAUCCUGGCCCAAGAGCAUGGUGGUAACUACAGACCUGUUGCAUACCUGUCCAAAACACUUGAUGCAGUUGCAAAAGGACUUUCUGGUUGUCUGCGGGCAGUGGCUGCCACAGCUCUCAUGGUACAAGACGCUGAGCGAAUCGUCUUAUCACACCCUCUUGUGGUGCACACGUCUCAUCAGGUAGGUGCUAUAAUGCAUAACAUAACGACUCAACAUAUGACGGCGCAACGAAGGUCAGGGUUUGAAGUAAUUUUAUUAGCUACUGCAAAUUUAACCCUAAAACCUACAUCCACUGUGCAUGGCUCUACUGUACAUUUACAUAAACUUUUGACUGAAGGUGAAUUUGAAUGGUGUAGCGCAUGGGAAAAUUAUGGGAAGAGAGGAGCUUUAAAACUUCAGGGGGAAAACCAAUUGCUAAUCAUAGCAUUGUGGCCGAGCUUAUAUCUGCAGCACAAUUGCCUACUAAGUUGGCAGUUGUCAAGGUUGCUGGACAUGCUGCAGGAGACUCAGAUGAGGCAAAGGGAAACAGAUAUGCAGACGAGGUUGCCAAAUGGGCAGCUAAGAAACAAUGAUAAGUCAAUUUCUGGACAAAGCGGGCACGGACGUGCCUAUGAUGCAUUCUGGUGCAGACACUAUCAUGAUUCCUGCUUGGUAUACACCAAGGUAUACUCCAAGGAGGAGUUUGUGUUCUUGUAGGAGUAACAUGCUGUACAUUUAUCCCUGAUAACGAUGCUGAUGGCCAUUUGAUUGACGAAGGUUUGCAGAACAUGUCAAGAAUUGCUAAUGAUUUAUGAAGUAAAGAAGUAAUUGAUGCUGAAAAUGGUAUUUUGGCCUGGAUGAACAGCUGGAAGAAGCUAUUUCUGAAUGCAUUAAUACCCAUUGGUGUAAUCCUUUUGAUAUUAGCCUUUAUUGCUCGCUGCAUUUUGCCACUGAUUAAGUCUUUGAUUAAUAGGACAAUGAAUACCCUUGUAUCUACUCAGUAUGCGCUUUUUCAUGCUAGAACUGAAUCUAUGUACCUCUAAGAAUACCACUCUUUGAUUAUGUGUAACCAGAAAUAAAUUGUAAUCAAUUUGUGUUUUAAAUCAAUUUCAUUGUUUUGCUUGGUAAUUAGAUUAGUGGAUGCAAAUCUUUCACUCUCUUCUAGUCAGUUCAGGAGAGAAAUGUUUGGCUUGUUGUCCGAAGAAUGGUACUAUACAAUACGGUUGAUUGGUAAGAAAGUAGGUGACACAUGAUUGGUCAAUAGACAAUGCAGAAGGAGAAACUGGGUUGUAAAGUACCACUCUUGAAUAGUUUAGGUCACAUACGGUAUUCUUCGUCAUGCAUUUACUGAACUAAACUGAGACCUCGUGGUUCUUUUAGAACCAAAGAGGGCACUGUGAGAAAUAUAGAUUUGCUCUCAGUUUCAGGCCUACUUUUUCAUUUUGGGCCCCCAUUGUCGUUAGUCUUUACUGAAACUUAGCACUUGUUUUUCUGUUCCUUCUGCUCUCCAUAUCUGAAGCUCAAGGAUUUCUUAAGCUCGUCUUUUAGUACAAACUGGCAUAAACUGGUAUUCUGAUAGCGUAGAGCGCCUCUUAGACUGGCAUACAGAUAGAGAUGUCUGUUACUGAUGCAUGAUGAUUUUCCUUGAUGCACUUUUCUGGUAUAAAUAUGUUUGAUUGUCAAUAAACCUUUGAAGAUG